GUGCAGAUCAAGUGCGCGCUGCUCAAGCUGCUGCAGCACAACGUGCUGGACGUGACGCCCGUGGCUGGCGCUCGCGGCGGCGCGCCCACUGUCGCCUACAACAUCAACGUGCAGGAGGCGCUGUACCGGCUGCGGUUCCCCAAGUUCAUCGAGCUGGCCAAGGAGACGUUCGGCGUGCAGGGCGAAGUGGUGAUGGAGGAGAUGCUGGUGCAGGGCCGCGUGCGCAUGGACCAGUCGCUGGAGACGAUGGCCUACAACUUGGCGGAGCAGCGGCGCCAGGAGCAGAAGCAGACGGCGCAGGAGGCCGACGCAGAGCAGGCUGCAGCCGCCGAGGACGAGGAGAUCGGCGAGGAGGAGCUGGACGAGUGCCGCCACCUCGUGCGCGAGACGUUCGUGGAGAUGGCCAAGAAGCGCUACAUCUCGCGCGUGCACCCACUCGACCUAAAGGUGGCGGAGCCGGAGGAGGCGCCGGAGUUCCCGGCCUGCAUCAUGCGCGGACAUGAGAAGGGCGCCACCAGCAACUUGAACAGCAAAUCGGCUGCUGCUGCCGCGUCCAAUGCGGAGGCUGGAAGCGCGUUAAGCGCAAACGGCGUGAACAAAAAUGGUAAAGCUGCCGACGAGGACGGAAUCACAGUGCGUGGAAAGAAGCGGAAGGCGCCGGCACCGUCCUCAGGUAAUGCGAUUCCGGUGGAGCUGCAGAUGAUGCUGGACGCGGACGAGGCGGCUCGUAAGGAAAAGGAUGAUUCGGAGGCCGAGUGGGAACCCAGCUCUGCCAGUUCUUCUACCUCGUCUGGACGUGGCAAUAAGCGGAAGAAAAACUCGAAGCGCGCCAAGCUUCCCAGUCGUGGUACGUCGUCUGGAGAUGGCACUACCGGUGGUGAGACCAGCGGCGAGGAUGCGCCGGACGGCUCGGGCGCGCACACCGACGAGCGCUCGCUCGUGUGGCGCUUUGGCGUGACGCAGCUCCUGCGCGAUCUGCGGCACAAGGCUUGCAUUAGGUUUGCGACGGAGAACAUCAACGCUGUGGCUGGUGUCAUCGUGGCGGCGAUGCUGCAGCACUCGUCGCCGCGCGAGCGCGAAAAGGACGAGCCCACUUCGUUCCCCGUGUCGGCGCGCGAUUUGUUUGACAUGGAGAGUGUGAAGAAGGCCCUGCCUCCUGAGGCUAACAACCCAUGGCGCCUGCUUCUCAACUACAUCAUGGUCAUGUGCCGUGACAAGUCAGGAAUGGUGAUGAAGGUGGCGCAGGAGGCGUUCGACCCCACCCAGACGCGUGCAGGUGACGGCGGCCAGUACGUGGUGCACAUGCAGAAGAUUGUGGAGUUCCUGCAGCAGGCCACCACCCACGCGUACAUCCAGGACAAGUAUGGCGUCGCGAGCGCUCGUAUCGUGCGCCUGCUGAUGGAGAAGCGCCAAUUAGAGCAGAAAACUAUCGGCGAGCUGGCGCUGCUGCCGUCCAACGACGCGCGGCAUCGGCUGUACGAGCUGUACACGGAUAAGCUGCUGAAAAUGCAGGAAAUUCCGAAGCGUGCAGACCACAACCCCGCAUUCACAUUCUUCUGUUGGUCCGUGGACGUACCGCAGAUGCAGGCGCGGAUCACGGAGCGCGUGCAGGACUCGCUGUGUCGCCUCCGCCGCCGGCGUAAGUUCGAGGCGGAGGAGAACAAGGAGCUCAUCGCUCGGUCGGAGCAACUGGUUGAAGCCAACGAUCUCGACAAGUUCGACAAGCUCAGCCGCUCGCUCGACCGUCUCGACCGUGCCAUUAUCCACCUAGACGGUAUGCUCAUGCUCUACCGCGACUUCUAG